GCGCUGAGGGCGCGGCCGCGGGGUUGUGGUGAUGGUGGGGGUCUGUGAUGCUCCUGAAUGGUUUGUUCGGUCCGGUGCUCCCCAGAGAGACGGCUGAAGCGGGGGGGGGCUGCCUUUAGGCUCCUCCGUGGCUUCCUUCACCUCACAGCUCCCUCGCGUUCGCCCCACACCUGCCCCGUGCCGCCUCGCUCAGAGCCGUGCCGCCAUUUUCUCUCAUUCGCCCCGCUCUGACGGACUCCCCCCGUGGGGUUGCAAAGCCCCACUGACGGAUCGCGAUAUUAAACUGUCACCGCAACCCCCUCUUGUACCUCAGAAACCCCCGAAUGUGUGUAUAAAUAGCUCAUUUCUCCUUCCUUUCGCCUUUAUGUUGCAGUUAUAGCGGGGCUCUAGCCUUCUUCCUCUGUCCUUGCCACGUGCCUUGAUACCGGUGGUUCCUAAUGACCAGAGAGGGGAAAAUGAUGGAAAACCCCUUCUUCGGCAGUGCCAAGAUGUGAAGGCAUCUGCAGACAGCCCUGCAGUGUUCAGUUUCAACAUGGCUCAGAGCAGGUGCACUGCAGUUCAGAUGAAAUUCCUGCUGCAGCUCGAAGGAGUGCAGUUUCUGGAUCUCCAGGCCUUUGCCAGGUGCUGCAUUCCUUGCAAGAUAGCAUUUGUGGACACAGAGUGCUUUUCCCCACUGAGUCCAGAUUGCAGGAGCUGAGCCCACGUCUGCAGUGGGAGUGGGAAGGGCUAUUUCCAACUCCAGUCUGCAUGAGGGAGGUUAAUUUCUCUGCCUGCAACUGACCUUCCUCACCGAGCAACUGAAACAAAGCAUGAGAUGCCUUUCCCACAUGCACCUUGGUUACAUACCUCCUGCAGGAGAGCAGCUUCAGUCAUGUGGGUCUGUAUAUGUAAUACUCUUUGGCCCUUUUGUUUCUUUUCCAUCCUGUGCAAGUUAUUGAAGGUGGUGUUGUACAGCUAUGUAAGAAUCAGACGGGCUGUGGGAGAGGAAGAGCAAUCAGCUGCUCUGCUGCUCCCAGUGAGUAGGAGGUGAAUGUGGCAGAGUGGGAGUUAAUAGCUUUUCUGCAGCUCCGAGGGAACACAGUGGCAUCUCCUGACUGCAGUGGGAAGAUAAGGGAUGGGGUACAGCAGCUUUGAUGCUCUCUCUGGAGCAGACCCAAGGGAAUGGGAUCCCAUGGGUGCUCAGGGAAGGCAAUGGGAGGGCUGUGGCACUUGUGGUUGUUUAUUUCCAGGCAGGAGUGGAUCAGCUCUCCGUGGAAGUGGGUCUGGCUUGGCUGCAGUCUCCUGCAGCUACUGCUUAAAGGGAAGGGCGGUGACUGCUGCCACGCUCUCCUGCCGCAGGAGGAUGCUGAGUCACUCCUGCAGCGCUGCUCCUGUUGGUUUGAACUUCCAAUCCUUCCUCCUCACUGCAGUCAAACUGCUGGAGACAGGGCAGGCUCUUCCCUCCUCCCCCUUCCAGUCUGACUUUUCUCUCUCCCUCUUUUUAUUUUCUUUUCUGGGUCCCAAUCAAAGAAAGACAUUGCUUUUAAACAAAGAAAUAUAUGUAGUCACCAUAAAGUGAUGCUGAAUAUGUCUUUUUUCUCUGGUAGUGGAUCUUUCUUUUUCUCCAGAGAACAGCAAGAAUAUUUGAUGAAUGCAGAGAACACUGCAGCAGUUUUCUUCUUUAGGGGAGCCCUGGGCAUUGAGUCAGCACUGAUUAUCUAUCGAGCAGACAUUUCUUGGAAAAAAGGCUGGGGUGGAGAGGAGAUGUGGCAUCUAUAUAUUUUUUGCAAGCAAUAAAGCCCUCUGUACCACUAUUUUAUGCUGUCUGCUAUGCAAGCUGUUCCUUUAGCCUUUGUUUCCUUAGGGAUUGCUCUAGAGCAUCUCAGUAGAACUGCAGAGCUCCCAGUGUGCAUCUUUGGGGAAGCUGCUCUGCAGGAAGGUGAGCCAUGAAUCCCUGUUGCACUGAGGUAGGGGCUCGGGGAGAAGAGGGUGCUGUCUGAUCACUACCAGCUUGCAUAGGAAAAAAACCUUCCCUUUCCAACUGCUAGUGGCAGGUAACAUCUGCAAUGACUGGAAUUCAUUAAAUGAAAGGUCCUGGUCUCAAAAUCUAUGUACUUGUUUAAGUAAGCUUUCUCAUCAGUGAAUGAUGAUUCAUUGCUUUGUGCCUUACAGCUCUAUAUUGAACUCUCCUGUAAUCUUACCUCCUUUGUGUUAUUACAGAGAUAGUAGCACUGCUUACUUCUUAAGAUGAGCUCAUACUUCCUAUUGUAAAAUCCUGUUCUCAUUUGUUCAGAACUUCAAUAUGUAAUUUUGUUUUAAUUAAAAUUAAGUUUUGCUUCAGAAGCCCUUUAGUCUUCCCAUAUUUUAAAGCAGGACCUUGAAAUUAAAUAAUGAUGGGCUUUAUUUCAGUUGUGCCUGUUACAAAGAAGCCUUUUAAAUAUAACUGUAGUAUUUCCAGAUCAUUUGUAGAAAUACACAAAUAUACCUACGUAUAUAUAGAUAUACUUAUUCUCCUCCUGUAGUGUUUAAUGCUCUCUACAGUGUACAGCAUGCAAUCCAAUCUCUGCAUGGACUAGCAUUAGGAUUUCUAUUUUUUUUCCCAUGGAGAUCAUUCUAAUUUUAAAAUGCAUUAAAUAUUGACACAUAUGCAAAAAAACAUUCCACUGUUUAACUAUUGAAUGCCAACUCCUGCUCCUCCCAGUUGUAGGCAGCCCCACAAUAACGCUGGCUCAUUGAUUCUUCCCAGUCUGAAAUCUAACUGUAGUCUUAUAAUAGAUCCAUGAAACCAGCAGGGUUUAUCACCCAUACAAGAUAAAUAUCUUGAUCAUUAGUCCCUACUGCUUUUAACUCUGGCAUUAAUUUUAGUUCAGUGCUAGCCACAAAUGUAAAUCUAGCCAGUUGGCCGUGAUGCAAACCUGCUCUAAAUCCCAUCAUAUCCUAAUGCUAUCUUGUUUAGGAAUAUGAUUUCAGGGGGUAAUUUACUAGUGAUAACUUCAGUGCAUUUCCGAGCUCUGCAAUUCUGGCUUCUUGAGAACUGUGCUUGUCAGAUGCAGGGAAAACUUGUUGUUUUUCUCCAGCCUUUAUUCCAGAACCCGCUCACGUAAUUAUUGUUUCCUUUCUCAAAUCUGUUUUUAGCUCAGAUGUUCAUAGCUGCACAUCUUGAGGAGUAUGCAGAUGUUACACAAUGAAUAAGUCAUCUUACGUGGAGGAAGACGAGAGGAUUGAAGUAGAGGCUUGGAAUGAGGAAAUCUUUUUUUUUUUUUUGAGUUCUGCAAUUUUCAUGAAGUUAUUUAUAUAGACAGAAGUAUCUGUCUGCCUGAACGUCAGCUUCAUCAGGCUUCAGUAUUUCACUUGAAUAGCUUUAAGGAGAUUACUCAUAUUAAUAAGGAGUGUGUGUAGCAGCACUGCAGGUUUUCCCUUCACUGUGUGCCUCUGUCUUCCUCCCACACUUAUCAAAGUCUCUGAUCCUAGUAAACUGAUUUAGAACAUUUGGAAUUGUUGCCUGUGAAUCUUCUCUGAUAGCUAAUGGGCAGACCAUUCGUAGUGCACAAAAGGAGCAUUAAAGACCUGGCUCUUGAAAUGUAAGUUUAUCGAAGAAACAGAAUUAAAGGAUAAAGAAAAGGAAAGGGGAGAGGAAGCAUCAAGGCUUUUCCAGCAAUUUAAUUUCCAUGUGUGUUUCUGUGUUUGAUUGGCUAACAGCACUAAACACUGUCUUAUUCUGGAGCUUUUCAUCUGCAGAUCUCAAGAUGCACCAGGAAUACUAAUUGGGUAGCUUCAGAAUAAAGUUGGAUUGUCCCACCUGAGUCGUAGUUUAAGAAUAGUUAAGCUGUAUUGGCUAUGUUUUCUAAACUUGGUCCAAUUGCAUUUGCUUGCAUAAAGACAACAAUCGUCUGAUUUCUUCUCAUGUGUUGUCCAAAAUGACACUGCUGCAAUGUAAGAUCAAAAUGAGGAUGCGUCUGUUAGUGUGUUAUAGAUUUGACUACUGAUACUGGUUGAGAUUCUGAUCGGUGUCUUUCCAGAUGGAAAAUACUUAGCUGUGUCUUUCCUGUAGUCUGUCAGUAUUUGGAAUGAUUAUGUACAAAAUGAAAACUCUUAUUUCCCCUGGCUAGUACACCAGACAUGUAAACCUAUCUUAUUAAAGGACUGAUUUACUUAACAAGGCACAAAAUUGGCUUGCCAUCCUAUGAAUAAUCGGAAUAAAUACCUGCCAUCUGAGCCCUUGCUGCAGUCACCAAUGCAGAUUAGAUUUGCAAGGUUUGGCUGCACUGUGUUUUAAAAGGGCUCACAUACAGCUCACAAUCUGCUUCAUGUUGGGGAGUCACAGAUGGGCCUCAUCAGAAUCCCCUGUGAGUAGGGACCCCUUUAACACCCUGACCUUCACACUUAUGGGAUUAGAGGUCUGGAACUAGGACAAGAAUAACUUUUUCCUACAUGAAAUGACUUCUCUGGGAGGGAAACAGAACAGUAGAAAGUUACGAGUCUAUCUGCUUGUUAGACAAGACUCAUUAAUGUCCAAGGCUAUCUGUAGGAUACAGAUAUGAUGUUGUCUAUUGCCAGCUGCCUUGCUCCGAGCUCUGGUUGGAAUCUGUGAACUUCAGAGGCAAAGAUGGCAGUGUGGGAGGAGUGUGUGGCAGACAGAGGUACAUUACUUCCUACAGAAGAUAAGUUGCCUUCAGGCUCUUCACAUGCUGGCUUUCCACAAUGAGAUUGUUCCAACCACAGUGUUCUUCAAGACAGUUCAUUUAGAAGGCACAUCACUGGACCAGUACUGCAACAGAGAUGGAUAGCAAUCUACAAUUACGAUGCUGUCCAAGAUGUGGAGCUCUCCCUGCAGGUCGGCGACACUGUUCACAUUUUGGAGAUGUAUGAAGGCUGGUACCGAGGAUACACGCUCCGCAAUAAAUCAAAGAAGGGCAUUUUCCCAGAAACGUAUAUCCAUUUAAAAGAGGCAACCGUGAAGGACCGCGGACAACAUGAAACAGUGAUUCCGGGUGAAUUGCCACUUGGGCAAGAACUUACUUCCACCCUGAGGGAGUGGGCAGUUAUCUGGCACAAGUUAUAUGUGGAUAACAAAACAACGCAGUUUCGUCAUGUCCAACAGCUGACUUACAGCCUGAUAGAGUGGAGAUCACAGAUACUAUCUGGGACUCUUCCCAAAGAUGAGCUGGCUGAACUCAAGAAGAAAGUCACUGCUAAAAUUGACUAUGGCAACAGGAUCCUGGGUUUGGACCUGGUUGUACGAGAUGACAAUGGGAACAUCUUGGACCCAGAUGAAACCAGCACAAUCUCUCUUUUCAAGGCCCAUGAAACUGCAUCCAAAAGGAUUGAUGAAAGAAUCCAGGAAGAAAAGUCCCUGCAACAGAAUUUGGAACUCCGAGGGCAGCCAGUAUUUAACACAACACACACAUACAGCCUCUAUGUAAACUUCAAGAAUUUCGUCUGUAAUAUUGGAGAAGAUGCAGAGCUGUUAAUGAGCCUCUAUGACCCUGACCUCUCCAAAUUCAUCAGUGAAAAUUACCUUGUUCGUUGGGGCAGUAAUGGGAUGCCUAAGGAAAUUGAGAAGCUAAAUAACCUUCAAGCAGUCUUUACUGAUUUAAGUAGUUCGGAUUUGAUAAGGCCGAAAAUCAGCUUGGUGUGUCAGAUUGUGAGAGUGGGGCAUAUGGAGCUGAAAGAUGGGAAGAAACACACGUGUGGACUCCGGAGACCCUUUGGUGUGGCAGUGAUGGACAUAACAGAUAUCAUACAUGGGAAGGUGGACGAUGAGGAAAAGCAACAUUUUAUUCCAUUUCAGCAGAUUGCCAUGGAAACAUACAUCAGACAGCGACAGCUAAUUAUGUCCCCGCUGAUAACUUCCCAUGUGAUUGGAGAAAAUGAGCCCCUCACUUCUGUCUUCAACAAAGUCAUCGCUGCAAAGGAAGUGAAUCAUAAAGGGCAAGGUCUUUGGGUCUCCCUGAAGCUGCUUCCUGGUGACCUAGCUCAGGUUCAGAAGGAUUUUUCCCACCUUGUAGACAGAUCGACUGCUGUGGCUCGCAAAAUGGGAUUCCCUGAGAUAAUUCUUCCUGGUGAUGUUCGAAAUGAUAUCUAUGUCACCCUGAUCCAAGGAGAGUUUGACAAAGGGAAGAAGAAGACUCCAAAGAAUGUAGAAGUCACCAUGUCUGUACAUGACGAGGAUGGCAAUCUCCAAGAGAAAGCUAUCCAUCCUGGUGCUGGUUACGAAGGUGUCUCUGAGUAUAAGUCUGUUGUUUAUUAUCAAGUCAAGCAACCAUAUUGGUAUGAAACAGUAAAGGUAUCCAUUGCAAUAGAGGAAGUCAGUCGUUGCCAUUUAAGAUUCACUUUUCGUCAUCGGUCAUCACAGGAAUCUAGGGAUAAGUCUGAGAGAGCUUUUGGCAUGGGCUUUGUGAAACUGAUGAAUGCAGAUGGGACAACGCUACAGGAUGGCAAGCACAACUUGAUUAUUUAUAAGGGUGAUAACAAGAAAAUGGAAGACGCAAAAUGCUAUUUAACUCUUCCUUAUACAAAAGUGGAGAUGGAGGAGAAGGAGACCCCCUCAGGGAAAAGUCUGCACCAUCUAGCCAACUUUACACCCAACAAAGACAGUACUAAAGACAGUUUCCAGAUUGCCACUUUAAUCUGCUCUACCAAACUCACCCAGAAUGUUGACCUGCUGGGUUUGUUGAACUGGCGUUCCAACUCUCAGAACAUUGCCCACAACCUAAGGAAGUUAAUGGAGGUGGAAGGAGGAGAAAUUGUAAAGUUUUUGCAAGACACUCUUGAUGCACUUUUCAACAUAAUGAUGGAAAUGUCAGAAAAUGAAACCUAUGACUUCCUUGUGUUCGAUGCACUGGUAUUUAUUAUUUCUCUGAUUGGAGACAUAAAGUUUCAGCAUUUCAACCCUGUACUUGAAACUUACAUUUACAAACACUUCAGUGCAACUCUCGCAUACGUGAAACUCACUAAAGUGCUGAACUGUUAUGUGGGAAAUGCUGAUGACUCCAGCAAGACAGAAUUGCUGUUUGCUGCUCUGAAAGCCUUGAAAUACCUCUUCAGAUUCAUCGUUCAGUCGAGAAUAUUGUACCUGAGGUUUUAUGGGAAAAGUGAGGAUGGUGAUGAAUUUAAUGAUGCAAUACGCAAGCUGUUCUUCUCCUUCAAUGUCCUCAUGGACCGUCCUUUAGAGGAGGCUGUCAAGAUUAAGGGUGCAGCUUUAAAGUAUUUGCCAAGCAUCAUAAAUGAUGUCAAACUAGUCUUUGAUCCUGUUCAACUGAGUAACCUCUUCAGCAACUUCAUCCAAAGUAUUCCUGACAAUCAGUUGGUUCGACAGAAGCUGAACUGCAUGACCAAGAUUGUUGAGAGCGACCUGUUUAAGCAGCCUGAAUGCAGAGAUGCUCUUCUCCCUCUGCUGAUUGACCAGCUGAGCGGCCAGUUGGAUGACAACUCAAACAAGCCUGACCACGAGGCCAGCUCACAGCUACUGAGCAGCGUUCUGGAAGUGCUGGAUAGGAAAGAUGUGGGGCCCACAGCCAACCACAUCCAGCAGAUCAUGGAACGCCUGCUGAGGAGAAUAAACCGCACGGUGAUAGGAAUGAGCAGACAAUCUCCGCACAUUGGUAUUUUUGUGGCCUGCAUGACAGCCAUCCUGAGGCAGAUGAAUGACUACCAUUACAACCAUUACAUCAGUACUUUCAAAACCAGGCAGGACAUUAUUGACUUCCUGAUGGAAACAUUCAUUAUGUUUAAGGAUUUGAUUGGAAAAAAUGUCUAUGCGUCUGACUGGAUGGUCAUGAAUAUGAUGCAGAGCAGGGUUUUCCUCCGGGCAGUGAACCAGUUUACCUCCGUGCUCAACCGCUGCUUCUUGGAUCAAGCAAGUUUUGAACUCCAGCUCUGGAAUAACUAUUUCCAUUUGGCAGUGGCCUUUCUCACUCACGAAUCCCUCCAGCUGGAGACCUUUUCACAAGCCAAGCGCAGCAAAAUUAUCAAGAAGUAUGGUGACAUGAGGAAAGAAAUUGGCUUCAAAAUAAGGGAUAUGUGGUAUAAUCUGGGUCCCCACAAAAUAAAGUUUAUUCCAGCAAUGGUAGGGCCGAUCCUGGAGGUAACUUUGGUCCCAGAGCCUGAGCUACGGAAAGCUACCAUUCCCAUCUUCUUUGAUAUGAUGCAGUGCGAGUACAACUUCAGUGGGAACAGAAACUUUCAUAUGUUUGAAAACGAGUUAAUAGCCAGACUGGACCAGGAAGUCGAGGGCGGCCGAGGGGAUGAACAGUACAAGAUUUUGCUGGAGAAACUCCUCUUGGAACACUGUCGGAAGCAUAAAUAUCUGUCUGCUUCUGGAGAAAAGUUUGCUUGGCUGGUCAGCAGCUUGCUGGAGAACCUGCUGGACUACAGAACAAUCAUGCAUGAUGAAAGCAAGGAGAACCGCAUGAGCUGCACUGUCAAUGUGCUGAAUUUUUACAAAGAGAAGAAACGAGAAGACAUUUAUAUCAGAUACCUGUAUAAACUCCGGGACCUGCACACAGACUGUGAGAACUUCACUGAGGCCGCAUACACUCUCCUCCUCCAUGCUGAGCUGCUCCAGUGGUCUGAGAAGCCAUGCGUCCCUCAUCUGCUGCAGAGGGACAGCUACUAUGUCUACUCACAGCAGGAACUCAAGGAGAAGCUCUACCAAGAAAUCAUCUCCUUCUUCGACAGGGGCAAAAUGUGGGAAAAAGCCAUUCAGCUAAGCAAAGAGUUGGCUGACAUGUAUGAAAACAAGGUUUUCGAUUACGAGGGACUUGGUAAUCUCCUGAAAAAAAGAGCUACUUUUUAUGAAAAUAUUAUGAAGGCAAUGAGACCUCAACCAGAGUACUUUGCAGUCGGAUACUACGGUCAGGGUUUCCCCUCUUUCCUCCGGAACAAAAUUUUUAUCUACCGUGGCAAGGAGUACGAAAGAAGGGAAGACUUCAACCUGAAACUCCUCACCCAGUUUCCUAGCGCUGAGAAGAUGACCAGCACUGCCCCUCCAGGAGAGGAGAUCAAAUCUUCUCCUAAACAGUAUGUGCAGUGCUUUAUAGUGAAGCCUGUGAUGAAUCUGCCACCUAAUUAUAAAGACAAACCUGUUCCUGAGCAGAUCUUAAACUACUACAGAGCAAAUGAGGUACAGCAGUUCACACACUCGCGACCAUUCAGAAAAGGAGAAAAGGAUCCAGAGAAUGAAUUUGCUACGAUGUGGAUAGAAAGGACAACCUACACGACAGCCUAUUCGUUUCCAGGCAUCCUCAAGUGGUUUGAAGUCAGGCAGAUUUCAACAGAAGAGAUCAGCCCAUUGGAGAACGCCAUAGAAACAAUGGAGCUCACCAAUGAGAAAAUCAGCAACAUUGUCCAACAACAUAUCUGGGACCGGAGCCUUCCCGUGCACCCUCUCUCCAUGCUCCUCAAUGGGAUUGUGGACCCGGCGGUCAUGGGGGGAUACACCAACUACGAAAAGGCCUUUUUCACAGAGAAAUAUCUUCAAGAGCAUCCUGAAGAUCAAGAUAAAAUUGAACUGCUUAAGCAAUUGAUCGCUCUACAGAUGCCACUGUUAGCAGAGGGAAUAAGAAUCCAUGGUGAGAAGCUGACAGAGCAGCUGAAGCCUCUGCACGACAGACUGACAGCCUGCUUCAAAGAGCUGAAGAAGAAGGUGGAGAAGCAGUAUGGUGUGAUAACUUUGCCUCCCUCCCUGACCGAAAGGAAACCAAGCAGGUCAGGCUCUGUUGUGUUGCCGUACAUCAUGUCUUCCACUCUGAGACGGCUCUCUGUCACAUCUGUGGCCUCUUCUGUGGUCUCUACGUCUUCCACAUCAUCUGAUAGCACUUCCUCCAGGCCAGGUUCAGAUGGAUCUAUUCUGGAGCCUCUCUUGGAAAGAAGAAUAUCAACAGCUUCCAGAGCUGAGGAACUGCCAGCGAAAGAAGAUGGUGAUAACAGGAUUUGCAAACUGAAGCGGAAGGAGUGGAGUAUCAGCAAGUCUCAGGUUAUUGUGGAGAAGGAGCCAGAGAUGGAACUGACUUCCAAAAUGCAGAGCACGUCAGGAAAAGCUCAAAGGCCAAAGAGUCUUCAGUUAGGAGACAACAGGCUGACUUUGCUUCAGAGUUCUUCUCUCCAACAGUCAACGCCUCUCAGCCCACCACCCAUAACUCCCAAAACCCCAAGAACCCACAGUUUUCCCUCAUUGCAGUCGGAUGGAUUGCCAGCUGCUAGCCUGCAGAGCACCCCACCCCCACCUCCGCCCAAGAGCAAACCCUAUGAGAAUAGCAACCCGAGGAACUCUGUGGAGGUUGCCCCACCACUACCAAGCAGACGUGAAUCCAAACCUCCCCCUCCACCCCCAAAAACCAGAAAAUCCAGCGUCCUCUCUUCAGAGCAAGGAUUGCAAUGAGGAUUAUUACUUGUUUGUCUAACAGCGAGUACCUAAGAGAGAUGGCUGCUUUCUCUUCACUACUGGGGUUUUCUACCCUAAAGACUAGUCAUCUCAGUUGCCAUUCCAUUCACUUCCAUCGAAGUUGUCCCUGGGAAAUAGCAAAAAGAACCCUUAGUGCAACUGUAUUCCCAACUUCUGGUGUAUCUUUCCAAUAAUGAGACACUAAUCACAGAAGGGAAGAAGUCAGCCUACUGGAAUUCUUACAUUAGCCUUGUCUAUCCUGAAUCUUUUCACUGAUGCAAUUUCUGCAGCUUGUUCCAAGUGUAAAACUAUCACAGUAGUGAUUUGAAACCAGUGCUUAACCGAGGUGAGCCACACCAGUAAUGAGAUGUGUUCUGCAGUAUUUUCACAUGGUGGGUUGAUUACAACUUUAUGCUGAAGCACAAAUCCCUCCUUCUGUCACUGUAGUCAAGCCCUGAUUUGCAUGAAGUGAGACGGAUCGCAGCCAUGCGAUGUCAGGUGUUGGUGUGUGAUGUGUGGUCUCCUAAGAUUCGUGAUUGCAGGCAGAGACCUGAGCAUUGUUAGCAGGGUAAGAGACCUCUUUUCUGCUACUCAUCAUAUGUAUUUAAGAUGAAGUGCAGACGUUCUGCCUUACACAGUCUCUGCUCAAGUAGUGGCAGUUGCUCACUCCCAAUGGAGAGUUUAGGUUUGACGGUACUUAAUCAUAGUUUCACUGUUGAUUCUGGUUUUAACACUACAGAGCAGUUGAUAUCCCUUCCUUCGUUGUUUUGCUACUUUGUUUUGCAUCUGGGACAAAGACUUCAUCUUCGUACUUCUUGAAUAGGGUGUAGAAAGUGACUUUUCUCCUGUGAAUGUCUCAGAAUGGAUAGAGGUUGUGUUGAUACCAGCUCUGUAUUGAUACCAGCAAUUUGGGGAGGUUGGAGUGUGUACUGUAACACUUACUUUGGCUGGCCAGAUCCUCACAAAUAGAAAUAAACAUCAUCCUCCUUCCCCCCCCUCCCCAUUUAGGGCAGUACUUGCACUUUGUUUUGUAGUCUCCCUUGGUCUGAGUUGUUCACAGCUACUAGACUUUAAGGAACCACUUGGAUCUGGGAUGUGUGGAAGACUUGACAAUCAACCACCAUGCUUCCUAUUGCUUGGAUUAUUCCAGCUCUGCAGCUUUCCUUUCCUUGGAGAACGAGAUAAUUAUAUUAUUUAUAAGUGUGCUAUUAAUCUGCUUAAUGAUUCUCUUUUAGUUAUUUAUUUCUUGCUCUCUCAGGAUGUCAACAUCAGUCUUUUCAUUUUAUUUAUUCUGAAGAAGAAAAACGUCCUGAUCUUGGGUUUUAACCUUUUCAAGUUCCUGCCUUUCCUCGCAGCUCUAUAGCAACCAAAGAUAGAGCACAAAUAUCAUAUGGACCACAUGGGCCUUGUGCAGCUCUUAAGCCAGAAGGAAGUUAAUUGAAAGUUGUCUUGCAGUGUGCAUUUGAGGUCUGUUUUACCACAGAAUGAUCUGGCUCACUCCAGCAAUAGCUUCAGCAGCUCUUUCUUGCUGUGUGGAGCAGGACCUUCCUAAACUCCCUGUUUCAGAACUCAUUCCUUGUGAGGAACUUCACUGUUGUGUUUUCAAGCAGCAUAAUCACAACUUUCUUCUGCAUCCCCCCAGAGCUGUCACUGCCACUUGGUGCCACAUUUAUUUCUUCCAGCAAACAAUAUUGCUUGCUACCUGUCCCUGUCAUUAAGCUCCCAAUUGUUGGAUAUCAUUUAUGGAGAUGCAUUUAAAGCCCCGCUGGGGAAGUUGCUCACAAGAUACCGUUUGUUUUUUGUUUUGCUGUGGCUUGUUUCUUUUUUACAGACCACAGAUGCACCCAUCUUCUGCUCACGUGACUUAAAUGAGUUGUAUUGCCUUGCUGAAGAACUGAAGUUGUUUGAGAUAGGCUUUAAUGAGGUUUAAACUCUUUUUCAGAUAAAAAAGAAAGAAACGCUAUUCUGGCUAUGAGGACCAAAGUUGCCCUUUCUCUUGUUCUUAUGUGUUCCUUUGCCUUCCGUGUGACUCCAGUUAAGGAAACCUGCAGCAGCUGCAUUUAUUUUGCUACAUGAAUGGCUCUGCAAACAGAUUGCACUCAUUAAAGGGUCAAAUCAGAUUCCCAUCACAGAGCAGGAUGGAGGCGUUGGGGAAGUUGCACUGCAGUCACAGUUGUGCUCACUAUAGCUCACAUGCAAUUGUCUUCUGGGCUGUUGCCUUCUCAGGGGAAAUCUUUGAAACCUUUCUGGACAACCUGAGCAUGUUUCAAUGCCUCUGCAGUGCAUUGUAGUUCUUGUCAGCUCUGCAUUACAUUCCUGACCACAGAUGCUGCCUGACUGGAACACCACAGGGUUUUCUCAUCCUUCAUUUUUGUCCCCUUCUCCCUCUUCUUGUAAGCACCGUCUCCUUUCUGCUGCUGUUGCACACAAACUAAAGGAUCCUCUGAAACUCUUUGCUUGAACAAGAACUUCUUUUCUUCAGCCAGAGAUUCGUUAAGGCAGAGCUGUAGGGUGAGGUGGGAGUGAUAGAAACCUAUACCUUUACACCACCUUUUGUAACCCAGUGCCUUGCCUUUGUAUCUGCCUGUUCCCUCAUUCUGAGGUGCUUUUCCUUUCCAGAGCAGGUUUGCUUUUAACUCCUUUGGUAAGGCAGCAGGAACCUCAGCUAGUGGCUUCUCAUGGGCUGACAGCACAGUGGUCUGGUUUGGUUCUUUCAACUCUAAGUGGCAUUUGAGUCAUAAUUCCCUGCCUUUCUGAUCUGCUUUAUCAACUUCAACUUGUAGGUGUACCUUGUGCAGCCAGUGGGUAUUUUUCCUGCACCAGGGAGCUUAGCCCAUGCAAAAAGACCUCACUGGGGGAAGCCUGACCUUGGGAGUAGUUCUUCAGCCUAUCUUUAAUGUCCCCUUACACGAUGCUUUUGAACUUUGAGGACAUUUGGUUCUGCCUGUUAGUCUGGGUCUGUUGCUUUGUAAUCUCUUUUUUCCUCAUUUGUUUCCUGUUCCUAUGAUUACAAACCAGUUGUACAAACAGAAUACCUAGCACAUAAGUGGUUAAUUAUCCUCUCCCUCCCUCCCUUGGCUCAUGCCUCUAUCAGCCACUGGGAAUUGGAACCCAGUAGCUGCCUCUCCUGGUGCUGGUCCUGGUGCUGAUGAUGCCCACAUUCCCAAAUAGGUGGGGAGAAGCAGGGCAGUGGCAAAACCCCACCCCAGUGUUCAGCAGGGCCUGAAACAAGCCUUUCAUUUUCAUCUUCAGCUAUUACUACAGAGCCAGCAGUGGGGAUGCUGUCUCCCCAUAGCUCUCCCUCGCCCCAUCCCACCUGGAGGCUCCUUGGCACUGCUCAUGGUGCACUCUCUGCAGCUCAUUCCUUUCUUCUCAUUGUGGUGGUUGACACUGUGAGACCUCACUGCAAGGAAAGGAGCAGCUGAUGCUGAACUACAGAGCAAGGAAAUCUCCCUUCCCAAAAUAUUGUGCAAAUCUUCUACUCCAACAGUUGAAGACUGGGGGGAUUUUUAUUCUUUCUUAGCAUUAUUGUUGUUCUGCGGCCUGUUGGAAGUGCUGGGAACUCUUCCUUCCCUUUUUCUUGCCUUUGGGCAAUCUAACUCGCAGGUAGGAGCUGAGUGUUCUUCAGUGUAUUACUGACUGUGAAGAGUUCUGUUCUUAGCUGAUACAAGUCAGCAGAGCCUACAUAGAGCUACACAAUGGGAUUUCUGUGCCGUGACAGAGUGAUGUGGGCCUUCAUUUGGGCCAGUUUUGGAAAACAGCGUUGUCCUCAGCAUUGGGUUUUUAAAAGCAAUUGGGCAUUUAAGUGUGUGAGUAAGCACAGGGCCAUACCGGUUUUAAUUAAGGAGAAUUUAGUGCAAAAUCCCACCAGACCCCUGAUAUAAAAUAAAUAAACAAAUACAAUGUUCUGCUCUUUGCUACAAGUUCUGAUAUUUAAUCUUCAGAGACUGUUUAAGAUCUCACUGCUUCGUUUUCAAGAUGAGAAUUCGCUUUCCACAUCACUUAAAUGACUUUGGGCACAUCACUCAAUGUCAUCGAAAGCAUAGGACUGAAAAUGGGAGUCCCAGACUGACCCGUGACGGUGAUCUCCACGUAGCAGAAGUGAAAGCAAACGGUGGCAUUAAUACAGAGCUCCUAGCUUUGAAUAAAAUCAAGUUCAAUAUGCAGUCUGCAGAGGAGACCUGAUCUGAAUCCCAUCUCAAAUCCAUGCUGUUCACAACUAGUGUUGAAUUUCAAGUCAUAGAGAGGAUUUUUGUCUUUCUUUAGAGAAGUACACUCAACACUUACUUGUUUUCUGGAGCUUUUAAUUAAAACUCGUCACGCUGUGAUAAAUUCCUUUAAAAAUGUUACAGGCUCUAAUCCGCAUCAGGGAAGAGAGGAACAGACAGCUUUCCAUUUCAGUGGAUUAUUGGAUUAGGAAAGGACACCGAUUCCACUGAGAGCAGCUCUGUGAUCUGCAGCAGCAGAAAUACCAUUGUGUGUAUGUAGCAGUUGUUGAGAACCUGUGUCCAAUCCCCACCACACUGUGCAGCCCAUGAGCAGCAGGUUGGACUUGUAGUGAUAAUGGCUGGGAUUUCCUCUCCUUAUUUAUUUUUAUAAUUGUAAAUGGAAAUGAGAAGUUUUGAGAUGUCUGUAACUUAACUGUAACCUUUUCCUAAAAUGUAAAAACAUUCCUGACUACUACUGCUAUCAUUUUUUGGUUUCUUUUAAUUAAAAACUUCUGUAUCUUA